AUGGAAACAUUAAAAUCAGCAUUGGCAUUAGUGAAGCAGGAUUGUUUCUUUGCCAAGAUUGAUUUAAAAGAUGCGUAUUACAGUGUAGGAAUAAAUCAUGAAAGUAGGAAAUAUUUAAAAUUUAGGUGGGAUGGCAAGUUGUAUCAUUUUACCUGCCUCCCAAACGGACUUUCUUGUGCCCCAAGAGUUUUUACUAAACUUUUAAAGCCUUUAUUUUCAACUUUAAGAAAAGUAGGGCACGCAAAUGUAGCAUAUAUUGACGACAGUUUACUAUCAGGGGACACAUUUGAAGAUUGCAGUCAAAAUGUUCAUGAAACCUUGUCUUUAGUGGAUUCAUUAGGUCUCACAACUCACCCUAAAAAAUCAAUAAUAGUACCUACACAAAAUAUAGAGUUUGUGGGUUUCUUGCUAAACUCGCAGAGGAUGACUGUGACAUUAAAUGAAAGAAAAUCCAUGGAUAUUAAGCAACAUUGUGAGAAAUUGUUAAAAGAGAAAAUAGUUACAAUAAGAGAAUUUUCUAAGUUGAUUGGGAAAAUGGUUGCAGCAGACCCAGGGGUACUGUAUGGACCUUUGCAUUAUAAAGCUUUAGAGAUUGAAAGAGACAGGGCUUUAAAAUUGAAUAUAGGUAAUUUUGACGCUUAUAUAAAAAUAAGUGAACAGGGUGAAGAAUGCUUGAAAUGGUGGUUAGAUAAUAUUGGUCAUGUUUUCAAACCUAUUUCACAUGGGAAUGUUGAUAGAAAAAUUGAAACGGACAGUUCUAUGACUGGUUACGGAGGACAUGAUACGACAUUUAACCGUGUUAUAAGUGGACAUUGGUCAUCCGAUGACAAAAAACAACAUAUAAAUUAUUUAGAACUGAAGGCAGCAUUUUUAUGCCUGCAAUUUUUCUGCGGAGGUGUACAAAAUGAACAUGUGCAGUUGUACUUGGACAACACAGUUGCCAUAAAAUACCUCUCAAAAAUGGGGGGUAGGAAAAUACAACUAAAUGAGCUCACAAGAGAAAUUUGGGAAUGGUGCGAAAAGCGUAACAUUUGGCUUUCUGCGUAUCAUAUACCAGGAAAAUUAAACACAACAGCAGACACACUCAGUAGAAUGAGCAAAAAGCUAAAUGAUGACAUGGAAUGGUCAUUACAUGAAAGUGUGUUUAAUUGUAUACAGGAAAAAAUGGGCACAUGUAGUGUUGACCUAUUUGCCUCUGCAGCAAACCACAAACUAGAUCAAUAUGUGUCAUAUGUCCCGGAGGGCCAUGAAAUAGCGGUUAAUGCAUUCUCUUUAUCUUGGUCCAAAGGUCUUAAUUAUAUAUUUCCACCUUUCAGUUUGCUGGGGAAAGUACUUCAAAAAGUAACGGAAGACCAGGCAGAGGCAAUCUUGGUAGCCCCUAUUUUCACAACACAGCCAUGGUUUCCGCGUCUUCUUCAAAUGAUCUGCAGUCAGAGCUACAUACUUCCAAGGAUGGAGAAUUUGUUAACAUCACCAAGGAAGAAAAACCAUCCUCUAGUGUCCAUGAAAAUGGGGGUUUUCAGGAUAUCCGGGAACAUCUUAUUCGUUCAGGACUACCAGAAGAGUCUGCAAAAAUCAUCAUGGCGUCUUGGCGACGGUCAACGCAAGAUCACGGGAAAUUCAAUCAGUGUCUCCCAUGACACGGCCGGUGUAGGGUCGGUUCUGAACCAGAUUGUACCAUCUACGGCUGACAAUGGUAACGACUAUGACUUUGCCAGCUACCGACAGAACAGUGGACCUGAGGCGUCUUAUCUGCAUGGAACAUCAGAUCUCUUUUAUCUGGACACAUCAAAUGGUCAAGUAAAAGUUGGUAAAGACUUGACCUUUGAAUUUUCUUACUACUUCACCAUGAAUUUAUGUGUUUAUGACAGAAGGCACAGAGAAGUUUGCCAUGAUCUCUCCAUCACUCUAUGGGCUUGUUUUCAAACGCCAACCUGCGGGGACCAAGCGGAUUACAGUGUACAUGACACUUACGGAACUUACACCGGGCACGGAGGAAGUAGUAACACACUUUUCAACAUGGAUUAUCCCGAUCCAGAUGAACACUUUCCAGCAUUCAGUACGGACUGGCAUGAUCUAACAUGGACAUUUCACUCUAAUGAAUUCCCAGAGGCAGCUAUAAACUCCGAUACAGGAGAAGUAUACGUUACACGUAAUAUAAGUAUAUGGCCAGCCUGGCCAACCAAGGAUUACACCAUCGUAGUACGUGUGGCCAACUCCGAGUCAUGUUAUACUACGACAUGUACACUCACAGUUCGAGUUCACUACACAAACUGGCCCAUUGAUAUCUGCAGUUUACCAGCUAGCUACUCCCUUUUCGAGGACUAUGACAACGAAAUCAUGAUACAUCAGUUAUACGUCUGUGAUUAUAACUAUUACUGGGAGGAUAACAACACCUGCGAAAUAACUGACUGGUCCCCAAAGGAAGAUGAUAUGUUUGAACUCAGACAUAAUGGAAAUUAUGCGUACAACUCGUAUACGCUGUACAAGCUAAGAUGUCAAGACCCAGGCUGUGGGUACAAGUACCAGUCUCCAAUACCCUACUACUGCGAUACCGAUAUUGGAUGUUUGACUCAUAACCGGACACAGCAAUACACAGUUACAAUAAGAUGCUCAGACGGAUACAAUACAACGGACACUGAUGUUUUCACUUUCAACGUCAUAAAGAACCAAGCGCCAGUAUAUAGACAUUUACCAACACAUAUCGAUUUGAAUCGUCAAACUGUGUCGUAUUUGGACAAUAUAUUCGAGAUAAUGUACUGGGAUAACGAAGGUGAAAACUUAAUUUACGAAUAUACAUAUGAAGACGUCGACACCGGUGUUAAUCCAGGAUACUUUCUAGGCACCACUGGAGGAAAUUACUAUGAUAAUCUCGGAAACAUUACAAUGACGACCUAUCUAUGGGAUAAAGAGGUCAACAAAACGUACAGUAUACAUAUCUGCGGACACGAGAGAAGGAAUGAGAUAUGUGAUGACUUAACGAUCGAUAUUGAAGAAUAUUGCAGUAGCACUCCUCAGUGUUCUGACGCUAGUUUUUCGGCAGAUACAGAGUUCGCCAUAGGAGAUGAGUUGUUCGACAUAUCCACUCUAGUUUCUGUUGGAACAUUCAAUGAUCUGAGUUACUCUAUAAGGGCAUCAGAAGGAUAUUUGUUUUCAAUUGAUUCAUCAACAGGAAAAGUGACAACAACACAAGCAUUUCCAGAGAUUUUCGACUCCGCCACAUAUUCCAUCAUCGCAUAUGUAUAUAAUACUGGAUCCUGUAGUUACGGCCAAUGUCAGCUUACUGUAACAGUUGUUGCUGUUAAUUACGCAGUUGAAAUAACGAAUUUACCGGCUUCGGUUUUCAUUUCUGAAGACACGACAACAUCUGAGAUUUUGUUUACAGUUGGAACUUCUGAUCCUAAUACUGGUGACACGUACACAUGCGAAAUUGUUAACACAAACUCAGUGGAGCCUUUCUAUCUAGAUCGCAUCCCGCCGGAAUUUGGAGAUUACGUUAUAAAAAACCGAGAGAACGGUGCACUGUCGUCUGCUACAACGACAUAUUCCGUGUCGAUUGAGUGCACAGACAGUCAUGGAGGAAGUGACGUGGAUGUUUUAACUAUAGAAGUCACACUGAACGAAGCUCCGGCUUUCACAAACUUUGGUUCUGGACCAACCAGUAUUAAUGCAGAUCCUAUGGACUAUAAACAAGGUGAUACCUUAUACACAGUGGCUGCUACCGACAAUGAAGGAGAUGACCUCACGUUCUCGUGCACUAUACCCAACUCAAAAGUCCCGUUUAAAUGCGAAGCAGAUGCAACAUUUGUAGAUGUAAAACUUAGGCGCGAUCUUCGAAUUGAUGAUGAUAAUGGUGAGACAUACACUGUUCAAAUUUGUCUCAAAGAUGAAAAACACAGCGACCAAUGUGGAGAUUUAGAGGUCACAUUAACACGCGUGAAAUCUCGCCCAGAGAUAACCAAUCUACCAGAUUCGAAGACUUUUGCAGAGGAUGCCGCCGUGGGCACCACACUGUUUGAAGCUUCAAUAAACGACCCAGACCUAGGGGAAUCCCAUUAUGUUGCAAUAGACGUAGAUCCCGCUUCGGAAACAUCUGUAUUCAGUUUGGAUACAUCAAAUGGAAUAUUGACACUCAGCCAGUCUCUGAACUUUGAACGUAUCAAUAGCUACAUGUUUACGUUCACUGUGAGAGAUGACUAUCUAACCGGACAGACGGAGAAAACACUGAAAAUGGAGGUGACAAACGUAAACGAAGGAAAUUCUAUAAGUGCUACAACAGUGACCAUCACGUUCUCUGAAGAUACGGCUGCCAAUACAGAACUAACCGAUCCUGAAUUUACAUGCACCGAUACGGACGGUGAUACAACAUCGUAUGCGAUACACAGUGGUCUCCAUAACGACUACUUCAGUAUUGACAGCAGUACAGGUCGCAUCACGCUUGUUAAAGUCUGGGAUUUAGAGGAUUCUGGCUCGACAUUACCAUCGUCCACCUCCCUGAUAAUAAGUUGUACAGAUUCAGGUGGUCUAAGCUCUACUAUCGCCAUUACCGUGAACAUUGAAGAUGCAAAUGACAAUGUACCAAACCUGUUAAUAGAUUCGGGAUCUGCAUCACCAAUAUCGAUAAAUCCCUCAACAUGUCUGUGCAGCGACUUGAUGUCAUUUAGUGCGAGUGAUUUGGACGUUAGCGAUGAUGGGGACUUUGAUUUUGAAAUCCUGGGAGAAGGUGUGGGAUCUGAAUACUUCAGAAUGGUGAAAACUGGACCUUCAACGGCUAAACUGAGACUGAAAAAAGCACUUGACUUUAGGAAUGAUAAAACAUUUUCUAUAACUGUAAAGGUUUCAGAUGGGGAAUCUCCGCCGCUGUUCGACGGCGAGACAAUAGUUGUGAAUUAUACAGCGGGUGACCCUGAUGAAAGCAAAUCGAAGGAAAAAACUAAAUGCCUUACCUGCACGAGUACUGGAAAAGUACUCAUUGGUGUGCUUGCCGCCGAGGGAGCGAUCUGUAUUCUGUUUGGUGCCCACAUUGUGUGCAAUUGCUUUUUUUGUAAAGGGGACAUUGUUAAAAGACAUCGCCUUAACCUGGAUAAAUCUCACAAUCAACGAUUCAAACGAUUGUCGAAACUGACCAAAGGUUUGACGCCAAGCGCUACAGGCGCCGCUGUAACAACCACAAACGUUAUUGAAAUGAACAAGAUAAGGAAGAACAGCAACAGACGGAGAGAAGAAUCCAGCAGUGACUCCAGCAGUUCAUCAUCUGAUGAUGAUGAUCGGAUCAGACCGCUUCCAACAAGACUGAAUGUUGGCCACAACAUGUUCAGACCAGAGAAGCAAAGUAGUGUGGUGAAAACUCCGCAGUCUGUUGGACUUCCAUCGCCCAUAUACAGUUCGAGAGCUGGUUCUAUCGCUAGUGGUCAACCCAUCUCACCAGGUGGAAUCGCUCCUGGCUUUAUUGUAUAAAAAUGCGUUAUAUGUGACGAAUGUUAAUUUUUGACGUGUGAUUCACUUAUUUUUCUUUCACAUAUUAGGUAAUGUGACUACCACUCCACUAGUUCUAAUUAAGAUGUCGGUUGCUCAGAUUCGAAUAUCGAAAGACUAUAUAUACAGUGAUACAGGAACUAUAUGUCAAUCCGAUUAUGACAAGAAUAUGAAAUUCGAGUUUCUGUGAUAAAGUGUAAUUUAGUCAUGUGAUUGUUAGCUCGAAUAUUCGAAUAAUAGGUAAAGAUAUUGGACUCAUCCGUGCGUCUGCGUCGGUGUCAUCAUUUUGAUAAGUUUUUGUAUGUAAGCUGGUAUUUCAGUAACCACUUGUGGGAAUAGAUUGAAACUUCACACAUUUAUUCUCUGCACAUGAUAAACUGACUUACAUUGCUCAAGUUCCAUAAUUCUAUUUUGCUUUUUACAAAAUUAUGCCCCUUUUUCGACUUAGCAGUUUUUGGUUUAAACAUAUUUUAUUUAUUUACAAGUCAUUACAUGAAUAAUAUACAACAACUGAGAUAAGGGAAUUGGAAAGAAUAGCAGUUUUUGGUUUAGUUUUGUAUAUACGCUGAUAGCUUAAUUACCUGCGGCCUGGAGGCCGCAGGUAUAUUGGAAUGCAACAAGUAGUGUAGCACAUGGAGACUGGGCAAUUUCACGUGAUUUUUUACAAACAUAUGAUUGGCUAACGCAUUUAUGGAGCGCCGUUUAUGCAAUAUAAACUGGCAUAGAUAAUUUUUAACGUAAAACUUAAUAAUAGUAAAAAAAAUCACAUUUAGAUACUAUUUUAUUUAGCAUAUUUUGUCUAUGAACAGCAAUAAACUAUGUAUUUUAUUUUUUUGAUGAAAUUAAUUUUGAUUUCGUCAAUCUCCGUAAUUUUUCGGAAAGGAAACCUGAGAUACCACGUGAUUUCUUACAGAAAUAAAAUGUGAUUGGCUUAUCACAUUUAUGGAACGCCGUUUAUGCAAUAUAACUUGCAUAGAUACUUUUUACGUAAAAUUAUUUAAUAAUAGUAAAAAAAAUCAGGUUAGAUACUAUUUCAUUUAGUAUAUUUUGUCUAUGAACAGCAAUAAACUAUGUAUUUUUUUUUGUUGACACCCAUAAGUUACUACUUAGGCUGAGUGGUCAAACAUACAUCUAUAACAGUUUCUGGUCUUUAUAAAUUUUGGCCGCAGGAAAUUUUUCGACUUGUACCCACUAUUGAGAACGGAUUUAAACUUCACGUACUUGUCCACUGUGAUGAGAUUACAUGCAUUGUACAGGUUCUAUAACUCUGUUUUGCAUUUUACAAAAUUGAGCCCUUUUUCGACUUUUAAAAACAAAUUCUUUCAUCUGAAAAGGCUGUGGAAUAGUUGAGCGUUAUUUGUUAUGUAGAUAAAGCAGUUUGUGCUGUGCAUUCGCUAGUUUAUGCUGGACAAUUAAUAGUUCGUUAUGUGCGUUUUCCAAUAUAUUCGGUACAAAUAAUAAUUUGUCUUGUAGAUAAAGCAGUUUGUUGUGUACAUUUACUAGUUUGUCCUGUACAUUUCUAAGUUUGUGCUGUGUAUUCGCUAGUUUGUGCUGUACAAUAAACAGUUCGUCAUGCGCAUUUUCCAAUAUAUUCGGUACAAAUCAUAGUUUGUUAUGUAGAUAAAGCAGUUUAUUAUGUACAUUUACUAGUUUGUGCAGUACAUCCGCUAGGUUGUGCUGUACAGUUAAUAGUUCGUUAUGUGCUUUUUCCAAUAUAUUCGGUACAAAUCAUAAUUUGUCUUGUAGAUGAAGCAGUCUGUUAUGUACAUUUAAUAGUUUGUUAUGUAAAUUUUAUAGUUUGUGCUGUGCAUUCGCUAGUUUGUGCUGUACAAUUAAUAGUUCGUUAUGUGCUUCUUCAAAUAUAUUCGGUACAAAUCAUAAUUUGGCUUGAAGAUAAGGCAGUUUGUUAUGUACAUUUACUAGUUUGUCCUGUACAUUUCUUAGUUUGUACUGUAUUCGCUAGUUUGCGCUGUACAAUUAAUAGUUCGUCAUGUGCAUUUUCCAAUAUAUUCGGUGCAAAUCAUAAUUUGUCUUGUAGGUAAAGCAGUUUGUUAUGUACAUUUACUUACUAGUUUGUCCUGUACAUUUCUUAGUUUGCGCUGUGCAUUCGCUAGUUUGUGCUGUACAAUUAAUAGUAUAUUCGGUACAAAAAAUAAUUUGUCUUGUAGAUAAAGGUGUUUAUUAUGUACAUUUACUAGUUUGUGGGGUACAUUUUUAGGUCACCUCAGCAAUGCUCAGGUGAGUUAUUCUGAUCGCUCGAUAUCCGGCGUUUUUCAGUCUGUCGUCUGUCUUUCGUCUGUCAACAUUUAGCUUGUGUAUGCAUAGAGGCUAUAUUUGUCAACUGAUCUUCGUGAAAUUUUGUCAGAAUAAUUACCAUGAUAAAAUCUAUGAAAAGUUCGAAAAUGGGCCAUCUGGGGUCAAAAACUAGGUCAUAAGGUGAAAUCAAAGAAAAACCUUGUGUUGCGAUAGAGGCUGUACUUUUCAACUGAUCUUUAUGAAAUUUUGUCAGAAUAAUAACCUUGAUGAAUUCUAGGCGGCUGAGUUUGAAAAUGGGUUAUCUUGGGUGAAAAACUAUGUCACAAGGUCAAAUAAAAGAAAAACCUUGUGUAUGCGAUAGGGGCUGUAUUUUUCAAUUGAUCUUCAUGAAUUUUGGUCAGAAUGAUGACGUUAAUGUAAGCUAGGCCAAAUUCGAAAAUGGAUUAUCUUGGGUCAAAAAGCAGGUCACUAGGUCAAAUCAAAGAAAAACCUUGUGUAUGCGAAAGAGGCUGUAUUUUUCAACUGAUCUUCAUGAAAUGUUGUCAGAAUGAUUACCUUGUUGAAAUCUAGGUCAAGUUUGAAAAUGGGUUAUCUCGGGGUCAGAAACUAAGUCACUAGCUGAAAUCAAAGAAAAACCUUGUGUAUGCAAUAGAGGCUGUAUUUUUCGAUCGAUCGUCAUGAAUUUUAGUCAGAAUGAUUGCCUUGAUAAAAUCUAGGGCAAAUUCGAAUAUGGGUCAUCCAGGUCAAAAACUAGGUAACUGUGUUAAAUCAAAGAAAAACCUUGUGUAUGCAAUAGGGGCUGCACUUUACACCGGAUCUUCAAUUUAAUCAGAAUGUUUGUCUAUAUGAAAUCUAGGUUAAGUUUGAAUAUGGGUCAUCUAGGGUCAAAAACUAGGUCACCCGGUCAAAUUGAAGAAAAUACUUGUUUACACUUAAGAGACUACAUUUUUGGUCCAAUCUAAAUGAAAUUUGGUCAGAAUAUUUGUUUCCAUGACAUCACUAGAUCAAACAUGUUUACACUGUUAUGGUGUGUUUCUCAGGUGAGCGACCUAGGGCCAUCUUGACCCUCUUCUUUAGUUUCUGCUGUGCAUUCACUAGUUUGUGCUGUCAAGUUAAUAGUUCGUCAUGUUUUUUUUUUAAUUCUCCGACACGAAAUCCUAAUCCUAUGCCAGUUAGCGCUCCCUCCAUUUUUGCCGGAGCAGUGUAAGAUUAUACCUGUGUAAAUAAACCGCAUAACGAAUUGUUUUUCGCACAAGACGAACUGUUAUUUCUGCAUGACAAAUUGACAAGUGGACAUGACAAAUCAUGAUAUUCACAGACCAAACUGAAAACUGGACAAAACAAACUAUUAAAUGUACAUAGCAAACUGUUUAACCUACAUAACAAAUUAGGAUUUGUACCGAAUAUAUUGGAAAAUGCACAUGACGAACUAUUAAUUGUACAGCACAAACUAGGAAUGCACAAAACAAACUAAGACAUGUACUGCACAAACUAGUAAGUGUACAUAACAAACUGCUUUACCUACAAGACAAAUUAUGAUUUGCACCGAAUAUACUAGAAAAUGCACAUGACAGACUAUUAAUUGUACAGCACAAUCUUGUGAAUGCACAGUACAAACUAAGAUAACGUACUGGACAAACUAGUAAAUGUGCAUAACAAACUGCUUUAUCUACAUAAAAAAUUAUGAUUUGUACCGAAUAUAUUGGAAAUUGCACAUGACGAACUAUUAAUUGUACAGAACAAACUAGUGAAUGCACAGCACAAACUAAGAAAUGUAUUGCACAAACUAGUUAAUGUAUAUAACACACUGCUUUACCUACAAGACAAAUUAUGAUUUGCACCGAAUAUACUAGAAAAUGCACAUGACAAACUAUUAUCUACAUAACAAAUUAUGAUUUGUACCGAAUAUAUUGGAAAUUGCACAUGACGAACUAUUAAUUGUACAGAACAAACCAGUGAAUGCACAACACAAACUAACGAAUGUACAGCACAAACUAGUGAAUGCACAGCACAAACUAAGAAAUGUAUUGCACAAACUAGUUAAUGUAUAUAACACACUGCUUUACCUACAAGACAAAUUAUGAUUUGCACCGAAUAUACUAGAAAAUGCACAUGACAAACUAUUAUUUGUACAGCACAAUCUAGUGAAUGCAAAGCACAAUCUGAGAAAUGUACUGCACAAACUAGUAAAUGUACAUAACAAACUGCUUUAUCUACAUAACAAAUUAUGAUUUGUACCGAAUGUAUUGGAAAUUGCACAUGACGAUUUAUUAAUUGUACAGAUCAAACUAGUGAAUGCACAGCACAAACUAGCGAAGGUACUGCACAAACUAGUAAAAUUAAUGUACAUAACAAACUGCUUUAUCUACAUAACAAAUUAUAGUUUUACCGAAUAUAUUGGAAAAUGCACAUGACAAACUGUUCAUUGUACAGCACAAACAAGCGAACUAAGAAAUGUACAGGACAAACUAGUAAAUGUACAUAACAAACUGCUUUAUCUACAAGAUAAUUUGUUGUUACCUAAUAUGUUGGAAAAAGCACAUAACGAACUAUUAAUUGUAAAGCACAAACUAGCGAAUACACAGCACGAACUACUUUAUCUACAUAGCAAAUUAUGAUUUGUACAGAAUAUAUUGGAAAAUGCACAUGACGAACUAAUAAUCAUUAUGUGAAGGCAGUUUAGGCGUUCCAUAUAUGUUUGCUUGCACAUAUUUCAAACAUACUGUGAAAGGUGCCAAAAUGAUCUGCACACAGUUAUCUGACUUGAAAAAGCUGCGAUCCACAACAACAUAAAUCGUAUGUUAACUCACGAAAACAUUCAUUUUCUUAUCUGUCAUAAAACGUGAACUCGUACAGUGUUCAAAUUAGAAUCUACAUGUAUUAAUAAAUGCUGUGGACAGGUUAUUGUUUGAUAUUUGUGAAGAAAAAAAAACGAAGCCAAAUUUUGCUAGUAACAAAUUACACGUCUGUGGACAGAAGGAUUUGUAACUUGUCAGCCGUGCUCUGAAAAAUUAAUGUUAUAAAACUCUUUUAUUUGAACUUAGCUGUAAUUAAGAAAGAAUCCUGUGGCUUUCCCUUUUGUUGGUCUUUCCUAAAUUAUUCAAACGUAGACAGAAGGAAGGUGAUUUUGACUAGAACGACUUCACCGGCUGGAAUAUUCUGGAAACAUUAUUUUUCUUGGGUAUGAAAGUUCGUUGUUUUCGCCAAAAAUUUACAAAAUUUCAGAAAUGCUUAAACAGCGGAUGAAGAAAACGCACUAUAGAAUUAAAACGAGUCGGUGAUCUGUGCCUUUCUUCUCUUGUUUCUCUUAGAAACUAAUGUUCUUCAAGCUCAAGCUCAAGCUCACAUAGUAUGAAAAAAUCUUAACGGCAGAAAAAACAAGAGCUGUCAGUGGACAGCGCGCUCGAUUAUUCUCAGUGCUUGAUAGUAUAAUAUAAGCUAUGAGUAAAACUUUAACAUUACAAUAAGCAUAUCCUAAGUCGAAAAGAGGCCAUAAUUCAGUCUAAAUGCUUGACAGAAUUGCCUCCUCCUUUUUACAGACAUGGGUCAUGAUGGUUAACAAGUAUGCAAAAUAUGAAAGCAAUAUCUCAAUGGACUUUGAAAAUAUUUGGGGUGGUACGCAAACUUUAACACUUAUUCGAAGUCGAAAAGGGGCCAUAAUUCAUUCAAAAUGCUUGAUAGAGUUGCCUUCUCCUUUUUACAGACUGGGGUCAUGAUGGUAAACAAGUAUGCAAAAUAUGAAAGCAAUAUCUCAUGGACUUUGAAAAUAUUUGGGGUGGUAUGCAAACUUUAACAUUUAUUCUAAGUCGAAAAGGGGCCAUAAUUCAGUCAAAAUGCUUGAUAGAGUUGCCUUCUCCUUUUUACAGACUGGAGUCAUGAUGGUUAACAAGUAUGCAAAAUAUGAAAGCAAUAUUUCAAUGGACUUUGAAAAUAUUUUGGGUGGUACGCAAACUUUAACAUUUAUUCUAAGUCGAAAAGGGACCAUAAUUCAGUCAAAAUGCUUGAUAGAGUUGCCGCCUCCUUUUUACAGACUGGGGUCAUGAUGGUAAACAAGUAUGCAAACUAUGAAAGCAAUAUCUCAAUGGACUUUGAAAAUAUUUAGGGUGGUACGCAAACUUUAACACUUAUUCGAAGUCGAAAAGGGACCAUAAUUCAGUCAAAAUGCUUGACAGAGUUGCCUCUUCCUUUAUACAGACUGGGGUCGUGAUGGUAAACAAGUAUGCAAAAUAUGAAAGCAAUAUCUCAAUGGACUUUGAAAAUAUUUGGGGUGGUACGCAAACUUUAACAUUUAUUCUAAGUCGAAAAGGGGCCAUAAUUCAGUCAAAAUGCUUGAUAGAGUUGCCUCCUCCUUUAUACAGACUGGGGUCAUGAUGGUAAAGAAUAUCUCAAUGGACUUUGAAAAUAUUUUGGGUGGUACGCAAACUUUAACAUUUAUUCUAAGUCGAAAAGGGGCCAUAAUUCAGUCAAAAUGCUUGAUAGAGUUGCCUUCUACUUUUUACAGACUGGGGUCAUGAUGGUAAACAAGUAUGCAAAAUAUGAAAGCAAUAUCUCAUGGACUUUGAAAAUAUUUGGGGUGGUACGCAAACUUUAACAUUUAUUCUAAGUCGAAAAGGGGCCAUAAUUCAGUCAAAAUGCUUGAUAGAGUUGCCUUCUCCUUUUUACAGACUGGAGUCAUGAUGGUUAACAAGUAUGCAAAAUAUGAAAGCAAUAUUUCAGUGGACUUUGAAAAUAUUUUGGGUGGUACGCAAACUUUAACAUUUAUUCUAAGUCGAAAAGGGGCCAUAAUUCAGUCAAAAUGCUUGAUAGAGUUGCCUUCUCCUUUUUACAGACUGGGGUCAUGAUGGUAAACAAGUAUGCAAAAUAUGAAAGCAAUAUCUCAUGGACUUUGAAAAUAUUUGGGGUGGUACGCAAACUUUAACAUUUAUUCUAAGUCGAAAAGGGGCCAUAAUUCAGUCAAAAUGCUUGAUAGAGUUGCCUUCUCCUUUUUACAGACUGGAGUCAUGAUGGUUAACAAGUAUGCAAAAUAUGAAAGCAAUAUUUCAAUGGACUUUGAAAAUAUUUUGGGUGGUACGCAAACUUUAACAUUUAUUCUAAGUCGAAAAGGGGCCAUAAUUCAGUCAAAAUGCUUGACAGAGUUGCCGCCUCCUUUAUACAGACUGGGGUCGUGAUGGUAAACAAGUAUGCAAAAUAUGAAAGCAAUAUCUCAAUGGACUUUGAAAAUAUUUGGGGUGGUACGCAAACUUUAACAUUUAUUCUAAGUCGAAAAGGGGCCAUAAUUCAGUCAAAAUGCUUGAUAGAGUUGCCUCCUCCUUUAUACAGACUGGGGUCAUGAUGGUAAAGAAUAUCUCAAUGGACUUUGAAAAUAUUUGGGGUGGUACGAAAACUUUAACAUUUAUGUGACGCUCACGCUAACGCUAACGCCGACUCCGGGGCGAGUAGGAUAGCUCCGCUAUUCUUCGAAUAGUCGAGCUAAAAACGGUCCUACAUCCUUAAGCUGCUAAAAAUAGUACAUUUCGAUUUGCCAUUCUACAUGUUGUAUGUUUGCUAGAAAGGCUGAUUGACCGGUUGUGUGAAAAUCCUACUUAAAGAGUUUUGAAACUCCAUAUUGAUGAGAAUGGUAUAAUUUACACUGUCGCCGUAUGAGGAAGACGGGUUUUCUUUGCUCUUGAAUCUUACUAUAAUAACUCUGUAAUUUGUGUUGAGCUAGCAUGAUUGUGCUGAAAAUUGGAUAUAAUGGAUAUGAAUGUACUUUGCAUCUGAGUGUGCUUCUAUGUUGCGGUAGCUUCAGUGAUUCAGUGGACUGCAUCCAAUGAAAUUUUUGAUAAUUUUCUUCAUGAAUUUACAUCAGACAUUAGCUGUCGUUCACCUGUAAAAGUAUACCUACACUAGAGAUCAGUUACUGGAUAUUGGAUCUAUGGUAUCGAACAAUAGCGGAUUUGGAAAACUAUAUAGACUCUGCGGCAUAUAGAAUUAUAAAGUUACACAAUUUAUCCUGUAACAAGAAACCGCAUAGAUGUAACAAGUUGGUAAAAGUAAAGUAAUUCCUCAGCAAAAUGGUGUCAACUUUAAAAAUUUGAUAUACAUAUACCCUAAGAAAUGCAAUUAGUACAAAAAUAAACGCGAACAUGUAUCUUGCAUUACUCUGAACUGUAAAUCUGUUGUGAACAAAGAUGAUUGUAUGGGCCAAUACCUCAUGGAUGAGAGAAUAGAUUUCGCUCUUUUGAUUGAAACUUAGUACUCGGACGAAUAACAGCAUCAGUUUGAAACUUCUAACUUGAACCAGAAUGGAUAUGAAUUAAGCGUAACUAAUAGAAACAAGAGGGCCAAGAUGGCCCUAGGUCGC